UCACUUCUGCAGGAUGCCGCACAAGAUCGGUUUUAUAGUUGUUAGUUCAUCAGGACACGAAGAUGGUUUCAGCGCAAAAGAGCUGAUGGUUCAUGCACCAACGGUGAACGGAUGGCGAUCACCCAGACUCUGUCAGUAUCCACAGGAAAUUGUUCUGCAGUUGGUGGAGAGAUGUCGAAUACGAAAACUGCAGUUGCUUGCUCACCAGUACAUGAUUUCCAGCAAGAUUGAGUUCUACAUCAGUGAAAGCUUGCCUGAAUACUUUGCUCCUUAUCAGUCAGAGAGGUUUCACAGACUAGGUUAUGUCCCUCUCUCAGACAACGAAAAGACGGAUUUCAAAGCACGAGAGUUAAAAUCUGUGUAUAUGGAUGCAGUUGGCCAGUACCUGAAGCUGAUUUUCCAUAAAAAUUAUGUCAAUAAAUACAACUUAUACGGUCAGGUUGCCCUAGUAGCUAUAAACAUUAUUGGAGACCCAGCAGACUACCGUAGUGACAGCAGUAAUUCUCCUUCCAGGGAGAAGCUGAUAGACCACUACUUGGGAAUUAAAUCGGGUGAUCCUGCCUUGAAUGGAACUUACCUUGGGAAACCUGACUGCAUUUCACCUCUGGAUGAUUUGGCUUUUGACAUGUACCAGGAUCCAGAAGUUGCUCAGAUAAUACGUAGGCUGGAUGAGAAGAAACGUGAAGCUGUCCUUCACGAGCGCUACGAUUAUGCCAAGAAACUCAAACAGGCUAUCGCGGACUUGCAGAAGGUAGGGGAACAACUCGGACGGUAUGAGGUGGAGAAGCGCUAUGCUGUACAGAAAGAGGAUUAUGAUCUGGCUAAGAAGAAGAAACAGCAAAUGGAAGCGUACCGCCUGAAGGUGUAUCAGCAACUGGAGCUCCACGACCUGCUGGAUGCAGAGCUGAUGAUUCAAAAAUCACCGGAGUUGCCUUUGAAGCCUACGUUUUAUACUGACAAUCCUCAGCACACCAGAGCUCCGAAUUCACCUCCUUGGGAGCACACAGAACCGCAAAAAGGAGAGCCACGGAGAGCAGAGCCCCUGCUGGAACAAAAGUCAGCAGAUCUCCCUUCUACCGAGCCCGUUGUUUCCCAUCAGUCCCCUCCUCCUCCGGUGGCUCAUCCCACAGCCUCUGGGGCAGUGUUUCCCAAAGAAAACGCUGAAUUUUUACCUUACGACGAGAGACCUCUUCCAGCUAUCCGUAAACAGUGUGAGGAAGAAAUUGCCUACCUGCAGCCGGAGGUGACCGAAGAGGGUAUCAGGAACACUCCAAGAAGUGGCAUUACUGGGGAACCAGAGCCAUUGACUGAGAGGGCACUGAGGGAGGCCAGCCACGCUAUUGAAGUUUUUGGAGAAGCUUUGGUUUCAGGAGCGUAUUCCAAAACUUGGUCGUAUCGGGAAGAUGCGUUGCUGGCGGUGUAUAAGAAGCUGAUGGAAACAUCGGUGAACACUCCAAAGGAGGAUUUAAAGAACAUGCUGAGGGCUGCCAUCUUUCUUGUCAGUAGAGCCAUCAAAGACAUAGUGUCUUCAGUUUUUCAAGCUUCCUUGAAACUUUUAAAAAUGAUCAUUACCCAAUAUAUACCAAAACAUAAACUAGGAAAACUGGAAACUUCUCACUGUGUGGAAAAAACGCUUCCAAAUUUGCUUUCCAGAACUGGAGACUCUUCCUCCCGUCUUCGCCUUGCGGCUUCUAACUUUAUUCGGGAAAUGGCACUGUGCAGUGAAGUUAAACCUCUGCAGACUGUUCCCGUUCAUUUGGUCCAACCGUUAAAAGCCAACGCCCCAACGCAUCUGGCCAUGAGUCAGGUGGAAUUAGUGGAAUGCCUCUUGAAGGACAUGGGAACUGAAAACUCUGGGUUUACCGUCAGCAACGUCAUGAAGUUUGCAAUGGGAGCUUUGGAACACAAAGUUUAUGAAGUUCGUGAUGUAGCGCUGCAGAUUAUCUUCGAUAUGUACCGGGAGCACAAGGCUGCUACACUGGAGUAUCUCCCUCCAGACGACGCAAUCGUUCGCAAGAGCAUUCUCUACAAGACGCUCUUUGAUGGAUUUAUGAAAAUAGAUGGUAAACUUUCUGAAGCUGAAAUCAGGGCACGGAGAAAAGCAGCAACAGAAGCAGCAGAGAAACAGAAUGAGGAAGAAAUAAAAGUUCUGCAAGGUCAGCUGGCAGCUCUGAAGGAGAUACAAGCAGAAGUUCAAGCUGGAAAGGAGAAAGAAUCUGAUUUUCAGAAGCCGAAGAAUCAAGGUUACCAGAUAAACGAAAGCCCACAACGUGCAGCAGCAGAGAUUCCAAAUGAUCGUUCCUCUGUCGCAAAUUACUUGGAUAACUUAUGUAUUUUUUGUGGUGAAAGGGACAAAUCCUUCACAGAGGAAGGGCUGGAUCUCCAUUACUGGAAGCACUGUCCUAUGUUAACCCGAUGUGAGCACUGCAAACAGGUGGUGGAAAUAGCGAGCCUGACGGAGCACUUGCUGACGGACUGUGAUAAAAAGGACAGCUUUGGGAAGUGUCAGCGGUGCAGUGAGGCCCUUCCAAAAGAUGAGUUGCCCAGACAUAUUAAGAGCAAGACUUGCAAUUCUGCCAAACCAGAAAGCGUGGCAAACCACUGCCCGUUGUGCCAUGACAACUUCUCCCCGGGAGAGGAGGCCUGGAAGUCUCACCUGAUGGGCAACGACGGCUGUAAAAUGAAUCAACGGAGGUUACCCACAAUAAACAAAACCCUUCUGUUGCAACCUGGCAAAAUAGGUGGCCCGUAUUUAAGGAGGCCAGGUCCUUCGGGAGCAAAAGCUCGACCUCCCUCUAUAGGAAGCAAGAUCCCAACCCCAAGAGGGGGCCCAAAUAAAAGCCCUGCCAAAACAUACUCGAAGCGAUGA